GUGAUAAUUUCAGCGGUCAGUCGAUCGAUUCUAUUCGUCUUUACUCUCUUAUCACUAGUACAAUUUUCAUAAGCCCGUGAUAUUUUACGUAGUAAAAAUCCUGAAGAAGCAUAAUUGGUUGAACUAACGCCGGUAAAAUGGCUAUUUGGAGUUCACUAAAAUUGGGAUCGGUGAUCACCAAAUUCACGAAGAAAACCGACGUAUUAAAAUCAUCUGCUCUUAUACCGUCUCGUGACAUGAGUGGUCAUCAUCUAAUGAGUAUUAAGGAAACUCGCUGGCAAUGGACAAAGUUCAAAGAUUUAAUUCAUUAUUAUGUUUUGGUUGGCGUUAUUCCUUUAACAUUACUUAUCACUGGUGUUAAUGUUUUUAUUGGACCAGCUAAAUUGGCUCCGAUUCCUGAAGGUUAUAGACCUGCACAUUGGGAAUACUAUCGGCAUCCAAUCACUCGGUGGAUGGCACGUUAUAUUUAUCCCAGUCCACAACAGCAGUAUGAAAAGUAUCUACACACAUUAUAUGAAGAAGAUGAAAAAUUUAAAGUCAGAAUGGUAGCCAACAAAAUUAAUGAAAUGAUGAAGGAUAGAUCAGACUAUAAAUCAUUUUAUUAUAGACCUAUCUCUGCUAACCAUCACAGAAUUAGCAAAGAAGCUAUGGAUCGUCAAGAAUCUGAAGGUUUUAACUAAUUAUGUACAUUCAAAUAAUUAAAUUAGAAAUAGUUGAUUGUAUAGUAGGUACUAAAGACAUAAUAA